UCGGACAUUGCUAAAAAUCUCAUUGCGCUGAAUUGAAGACAAACUCCGGUCAGAUAUGCCCGCUGCUUCGUCAAAACCAACCCCUCAAAAUGCCCCGCAAGGGGCAACAGACUUCCCCUCGCAACUCAUGGCCAUCAUGGAGAAGAAAAUGAGAAAUUUGGAGAAGAGGAAGGUCAAGUUACAGCAGUAUCGAGACAUGGUCAAGGAUGGACAGGAACUGACCAAGGACCAAGUGCAGGCUGCGUCUCACUUCGAUGAGGUGGUCAGCAACUUGGAGUUUGCCAAGGAGUUGCAUAAGACGUUUACGGUGACCAUGUCAGAGACAACUAAAGUGUCGAAGAAGCAAGUGAAACGAGAGAACGCCUUGAAGCUUGAGCAAGAGUUACAGAAGAUUCAGGACGUCAUUCUCCUCAAUAGUAUCCUCAACACGCUGGGUAUGGACCACAUACGCAACGACUUCUUAGAAGGAAAGAAUGGCGCAGUGAAACUGACUGAGGAUCAAGUGAACCAUCUUGACGAGUUUUACAAGCUCAUCAACCCGGCCAGAGAGGACGAGGAGACAGAAGGAAAGGAAGUCAGCUUUGAGACUAAAGUUACGGCAGCAAGUGAGCAUCUGAACAGCUACAUCAAAGAAGAUGAAAAAGAAGUCCUCGGCACAACUUACAAGGCACUGAAGGAAAUGGUAACCCAGAUUAAUGGCUGUGGCUACCUCGACAACCUACCAGCUGAACCCACUGAGGAGGAGGUUGAAGAGAUUGAAGAGGAGCCCACUCAAGAUCCAGACCAAAGCUCAGCUCCGGUGGAGGAAACGCCCGAGGAUGACUUUGUUGUGAUUCAGCAGGAUCAGGUACCGCCUCCAGAGGCACCUGAGGUGACAUCGUCCCUCCCGCCAGCGGUCAUCCCACCCACGCCCGAGGAGCCGCCCAUGUCCAGAGUGCAGCAGCCUGUGGACCACGCCUUCCCCAAGCCCAUUGAGAUGCCACCCCACAAGGUCAAAGGUCAUGGGUCUGACAUCUUGGCGUCCGUUCAGCAGGGAAGCUUCAACUUCAUGCAAGACUCGAUGCUUGAAUACGAAAAUUCUCCUCACAUGGACCCAGCCGUUGUUUCAGUGUCCCAGUCAUACCUACCACCUCAGGGAUAUAAUACGCUAAACCACCAACAAGCUGAACAAUCGAUGCAGCAGCGCCAAUCCCUCGACCAGCUCAACCAACCACAGACGAUGGACAUGCCCCUCUCCGACCCCAGCCACCCCUCACAACUCCCGACACACCCAGCAUACGACACCCAAUCAGGCAUGGUGUCCGACGCCGGUUACCCCAUGCAGUCACCGUACGAGACCCAACAACCCAACAUGGUCCAGCCACAGAGCCACGGGCACCAACACGGCCAGUUGCCUGGACAGAGCUUAGGGCAGACAUCCAGUUUGGGCGCACAGGCCGGUCACGGAGGACAGCAGCGUGGACACUCGACCCAGCCGGGCCAGCAAACGAUAGACGGACUUUCACAAUCGCAGACGAUUCUUUCGACGCAGCAUCAGCAGAUAAAUGACCUUCCAGAGUUCCCGAGUCCGCCAGGUGAUGCACAACACUCCAGUGCAGAGGACAAGUCUUCAAGUUUGCAGGCCUCAAUGCUAGGGCAGCAGAGCUCCAUGUCAUCCAUGGGAUCUGGCACCAGUUACUCACAAUCGCUAUCGUCACAGAACCUAUCGGGCCAAAGUCAGACGUCAUCAGACCCAAACAGCCAACAUACCUCCCAAAUGGGUAACUCAUCAUCCCACACAGAACACCCCUCCGCCUCGAUGCAACAACAACAACAACACCACAGCGGGGACAUGAGCUCCUCUUCGGGGCAUCCAAACGGGCAACAAGGCAACAACAACCCCCUCGCCCAGAAGUCGACCAUGAACGCCAGCGCCCCACCGUUCCAGAUGACCAACUCCACGAGGUCGUCACCUCAGAUGCAGGCCAUGCAGCAGUCAGCGAUCGACCAAUCACAGACGGAGAUGGGGACAUUCCAAUCGACGGAUUCAACCCCCAAGGCGGAGAAGACGAGCGAGCGUGACAGCGGCAGCCCCAAGGCGGAGACGGCGACGUCAAAGUCUUCACAGGGGGAGCAGGCGGACAGCAUGGAACAGCCGUCAGACAACCAAUCAAGCAAUAGCUCAGGGCCCUCAUCCUACCCCUCGUACCAAUCCUCCUACUCGAACACCUACCAGCCAAGAGGAGGAAAUGGCCGCGGCAACCCAAGAGGGGGCAGAGGUAACAUUACCAACACAAGUUACCGUGGCAACAGGGGAGGCAUGUCAUACAUGGGAGGAAGGGGCGGAGGGCGAUACCCGCCCGCCACCAACCAAAGCCCAAGAGGAGGACCCGGAGGGUACAACUCGUACCUCCCAAGGGACAACUUUCAACAGAGGGCGCAAGACAUGCCCUUUGGAAACUCAAGCCAGAACUUUAAUACCUUUAACCGGCCCCAAGAUCCUAACUAUGGAGGCUACAACAAUAGGAGGGUGACGACCCAACGGGGCGCACCGAGAGGAGCGCGCGGAGGACCAGGAGGGGUCAGAGGUCAAAGUAACUUCCGAGGUCGCGGGGGCAGCACCGGCUUCAAGCCCCAAUCUUCGCAGUUGACGGUCUAAACCCACCUCCCCGAAGAAAGUAGUGAACGUGUUUGGAGUAUGGAAAAAGGAGAAGAGCUUUGAGAAAUGUGAGCAAAAUCCAUGUUCCAUUUUUGAGAAAUUUGAGCAAAAUCCAUGUCCCAUUUUGUAAAGCAGUUUUUCCAAAUUGAACUUGUGUUGGCUUUAGCUAUUGGCUUUUGGCUACCUUGGUGUAGCCAGAGUCAAAGCUGCAUGCAGUUCAUGUCCCAUUUUGUAGGUUAUGAAAUUUUGUUUUUGUGCGGCAGCCAUUUUUUUGUUUGUCUUGCAACCGGAAGGAUUGGUUAUAGUGCCAAUGGCUUUACAUCGUUACAUCAUAGGUACCCAUCUAAUGUGAAGGGGGAAGGGUGAUAUUUGUUUAGUCAAAAAAAUAAAACUUGUUUGUUUUGGUUACGUAGUUAUUAUUUCAUUUGUAGUGAGCAAUAGUUGCCAUAUGCAAAAUAUUUAUCACACCACUUUUCCAAAAUAAAUUUAUAACAAACAACUUUUCCAAACAUAAUUUUGUAAUGUAUAUUCUCCCAAGGUAGCUAUGUGCCAUUCCUUCAAUAAAUAACAGUAACUUAAUUCUUAAAAUAUGCAAAUUCCCUCACUAAAUAAUUUGGUUUUUGGUUUAUUUGUUUGAGUAAAUAUUUUACCCCUGGCCAUGAAAAAAAAAGUGAUCUCUGAGUUAUAUAGGAUCAACCCUAGACAUUACAAUCGCAUCACUCUGUCCCUCGAGGUUAAAUUGCAGCGGAAAGAAGCGAAAAUUCCCCAAAAUAUUGUAUAAUUAUUGAAUAUUGUCGUAAACUUUUGGUACCUUCAUAUCACAAUAUUUAAAAAGUAAUUUUUUUCUAGAUCCUGAUUCCCUCUUUACUUAAAAAAAAACCCCAAGUUCCAUAAAAAUGCUAUAUUUAAAAUGGUACUUGUUCUAAUCCCGACUCCCAAAUAAGACGCUACCAAGUAUGGCCUUUACAGUUGUACAACAAUUGAAAUUUGUGUGUACUUUUUGUAGUUUGAUUUUUCUUUUCUUAUUUACUGUUAUUGGAAUACAUCAUAAGAGGGUCCAUUAGACAGAUGUUAAAGGAACAUAACAUAAUUGGUUUUGCUAGCAAAUAAGUUACUGGCAGUGUAAGCACUUCAUGUAAUCUAC